AUGCCCUCUCACCGAACAGCCCCCUCCCCCACCUCACGUGGCCUCGCGGCUCCCGGUUCACAACGGCGCAGGUACCCGGCGGGCCGAUCUGGCCCCCGGCUCUCGCCCCGGCGUGGCCGCUCGGCGGCCUCUCCCGCGUGGCGGCCUCGCGGCUCGCCGUCCCCCGCCCUGCGUCGCUCCAACGUCACCCGACCAGCCCCAACCGUCACCUCGCGCGCCAACCGGGUUGCGCGCCCAAGUCUCUCCGUACCUCGCGCGGCUCGCAGACGGAACCCCGUGCUGCGGCGGCCGCCGCUCCCCUCUGCCCCCUCCCCGACCCUCGCGCAGUUCCAUCUCUACUCCCAGGCCCAAGUCAAGACCACCAGCCCUACCGGACAAUCCUUGCGCCUGCGCAAUAAAGAGUCCUACACUCCACACCCUCUGAAGGAAACGCCUCGGCCUCAAGGCGCAUGCGUGUUGGGAAUACUGAACGCCCCUUCCACCUCAGACGUCGUCUGUACGCCAAGCGUUGA